CAGCUCUCUUCCCAGUCAGCAACUACCACAGAAGUGAUUUGGAAUUUGUGGCUGUCAUCUAAACAUGUGAACUGAGCGGUUACUCUGACAAUCAGGCAGCAUAGCAGCUAAAAACUCCGAAGACGGCUAAGCGAUGCAGUGUUUACUGCUGGACUCCCGCAGCUCAUAAAUAAGACAGUGAAAUGACGAACAGAGUCCUGGAGAUGCUGAGAUUCAAAAGUGAUGCCCAAGGAUGCUGCAAGUGCUGCAUUCUUUCCACGAGUGCGACUGUUCUGGUUUUUUCAUUGGCCUUGCGUUCAGAAAUUUUUAGCUUGCUGUUUUCUACCCAUUGCAUCUAAAACACCAGGUGCUCCUUCACGCACCCCAAAGCUUGGGACUGCACGGAUUAAUAAAAUGAGCCUGCACGCAGCCACUGGUUAUGAGCGGUCACGUGAUCGGCGCAGGUCAAGUGACCGUUCUCGUGACUCAUCACAUGAAAGGACAGAAGGACAGCUUACUCCAUGUAUUAGGAAUGUAACUUCACCAACUAGACAGCAUCAUGGUGACAGAGAAAAGGAUCACACUUCAACAUCGAGGCCAAGCAGCCCUCGUCUUCAAAAGAUUUCCCCAAAUGGCUCCAGCAGUGUCGGCAAUAUCAGCCGAAAUUGUAAUCAACCCACUGUCGAUGGAACAUGCAAAUCAGGAGGAGAAAUGGUUUUUGUGUAUGAAAAUGUCAAAGAAGGAACUCGAAGCAUCCGCACUUCAGAACGGGUUACGCUUAUUGUUGACAACACCAGAUUUGUUGUGGAUCCUUCUAUUUUUACUGCACAACCCAAUACAAUGCUGGGCAGGAUGUUUGGAUCGGGCAGAGAACACAAUUUCACACGUCCAAAUGACAAGGGAGAGUAUGAGGUGGCAGAAGGAAUCAGCUCCACAGUAUUUCGAGCUAUUUUGGAUUACUACAAGACUGGCAUAAUUCGCUGUCCCGAUGGGAUCUCAAUACCUGAACUGAGAGAAGCUUGUGACUACCUCUGCAUCUCUUUUGAUUACAGUACUAUCAAAUGCAGAGAUCUCAGUGCCCUCAUGCAUGAACUCUCCAACGACGGUGCACGCAAACAAUUUGAAUCUUACUUGGAGGAAAUGAUUCUUCCACUGAUGGUGGCCAGUGCCCAGAGUGGUGAUCGAGAGUGCCACAUUGUAGUAUUAACCGAUGAUGAUGUCGUUGAUUGGGAUGAGGAAUAUCCACCACAAAUGGGAGAGGAAUAUUCGCAAAUUAUUUACAGUACAAAAUUAUACCGAUUCUUCAAAUAUAUCGAGAACAGAGACGUAGCCAAGACUGUUCUGAAAGAGCGAGGUUUGAAGAAGAUAAGAUUGGGUAUUGAAGGUUACCCCACGUACAAGGAGAAAGUGAAGAAAAGGCCAGGUGGCCGGCCUGAGGUUAUCUACAACUAUGUCCAGCGACCGUUCAUCAGAAUGUCCUGGGAGAAGGAGGAGGGCAAGAGCCGUCACGUUGACUUCCAGUGUGUGAAGAGCAAGUCCAUCACCAACCUGGCAGCAGCAGCAGCAGACAUCCCACAGGAUCAGCUUGUUGUCAUGCACCCUACACCCCAGGUGGAUGAGCUAGAUGUUUUGCCCAAUCACCCUGCCAACAGCAUCAAUGAUCUGGAGCUUGACCCCCAACCCCCCGCUGUCUGACAAUGUGCGUGACAUGGUUCGGGGAAGAUGAAACUGAUAAGCAUGCUGCUGGUGAUUGAUGUCGUCCUGAUGCGUUUCUGUGCAAAACAGUGUGUCAGCAUCCGUACACCAAUAAGAACAAAGUGUGAUCGUAACCAAGUGACCUGCCACACGUCUUAAGUUACAACAUUUUUUAAUCAUCAUUCUGGUCAAAAGCAACUUGCUUUUGGUGUCGGAAGGGAAAGCUGUUGUUUCUUCCUCCACAUACUUAUUUUUAAAUGCACACUCUUACUUAAAAAGGCUGUUGCAGUCUAGGUGCUACAUAUUGGGGAAUGGCUUUGGUCUGUACUUGUUUUUUAGCCAAGUGUUCUGUGAAAUGCAAUUAAAUUUCUGCUGGCACAGCACAUUCAACCCCAUGUGUGAUGACACUUUAGUGAAGGGAAUAUUCAGAUCUUGCAUACCAAAUUAGCCCUUGUGGUUCAACAAAUACACUUCAGGUACAGGUAUUUUUUGGAGUGGGGAUAAAUGUCUAUACUCUAGGUAUUGCUGUAUGCCAGAGAUUAUUGCUGUCCUGUGAAGCCAUUUGAAGUGUCUCAAUUUUCUGAAGUCUGUGUACAUGUUGCAGGAGUGUUUCUUGUAUUUCUAACAGCUAAUGAAUGAUUAUAUAAAUAAACAUCACAAGCAUUU